AUGCCCGUUCGGAUCUACGCUGAAACCGAGUUCUGGUUCGCUUCGAUCAAGGUUAUCAUGAUUAUCGGCCUCUUGCUUCUUUCCAUCAUCCUUGCUCUUGGCGGAGGACCCAACGGCGAUAGGAUCGGCUUCCGCUAUUGGAGUCAUCCUGGUGCUAUGAAUGAGUACCUUGUCGGCGGUGCGGCAGGGCGAUUCUGUGCCUUUAUCUAUUCGCUUACCUUUUCCGUCUUCUCCUUCAACUUUGGCGCCGCCAAGACGUUCAUCUGGCGACUCAUCACAUUUUACAUCCUCGGCGCGCUGGCUAUCGGCAUCAUCUGCCGGAGUGACGCCCAAGGUCUGACCGCCGGCGGAUACGGCGCCGCUGCCUCGCCAUGGGUGAUUGCCAUCAAACAAUCUGGCAUUCAACUCCUCUAUAGUGUCAUCAAUGCUGGUAUCAUCUGUUCGGCUUGGUCUUCCGGAAACUCGUAUCUCUUCAUGUCGAGCCGUUCACUCUACUCCUUGUCUGUGUCAGGUAAUGCGCCAGCCGUCUUCCAGCGAUGCACCAAGUACGGCAUUCCCAUCUACGCUAUUGCGGCAAGCUCGUUAUUUGGCCUGUUGGCGUACCUGAACGUGUCUUCAUCUUCAAGCUUGGUCUUCAAUUGGUUCAUCAACCUGACCAACACUGCUGGCUUCACAUCAUGGACAUGCUGCGGUAUUAUCCUCCUGCGUUUCAGAAAAGCCUGCAAAGCGCAAGGUAUAACUAACCUGCCAUUUCAAUCUCGCUUGCAUCCUUAUGCGGCUUGGGGAUGUAUCUGCAUCUUCUCGACUUUACUGCUCUUGAACGGGUUCUCGGUGUUUUUCCCCGGUCACUGGUCUGUGUCGAGCUUCUUGACAGCGUACCUGGGCUUCCCUGUAUUUUUAACAAUCUACUUUGCGCAUAGGAUCUGGGAUCGUAAGAGCAAGUGGCUUAUUUCGCCCAAUGAGGUUGAUCUUACGUCUGGUCUCGAUGCUGUUCUGGCCGCAGAGGAGACCGAGGAGGUGGGAGCCAGCCGUGGGAAGCUGACCAAACUCAAGGCUUUCCUCUUCUGA